AUGAAGGAAGCUGAAGAAACUGCCCGUGGAGUGAAGGAGAGUUCCCAGCCUGAUCCGAGUGGUAAAUUCCUCCAAAGGGCAAAUAAUCUCAAAGGAGAACUUGAUAGCAGUGCUCAGGGAGGUGUCACAAAUAUAGAUUCUGGUUGCAAGGACUCUUCUUCAACAACUGCAGGACUAGCUAUUUCAAACUCCUUAAACAAUUGGGAUGUCACCGGUUUUGUGGGGGCUAAUUUACUCUCUGUAGCUGAAAAACAGCUAUGUGGAGAAAUCAAGAUCCUACCAACACAUUAUUUGAGCCAGUUGGAAGCCAUGUCAACGGGGAUUUUAAAGGGCAAUAUUACCAAGAAAUCCGAGGCGCAUGGCAUGUUCAACCUUGACCCAAACACGGUGGAUAAAGUAUAUGAUAUGCUUGUGGUGAAAAAGGGUAUCACUCAAGAGUGA